CGCGGAGUCAGGGCGGAAGCGGCUUCGCGAGCCGGGCAAGGGCCGCUUCCGGCGGGGGCCAGCCGGCUGCCGGAAGCGGCCGUGUGUGCGGGGCGCAAGAUGGCGGCGGGGAUGUACCUGGAGCACUACCUGGACAGUAUUGAGAACCUGCCUUUUGAAUUGCAGAGAAACUUCCAGCUCAUGCGAGAUUUGGAUCAGAGAACAGAAGACCUCAAGUCGGAGAUCGAUAAGUUGGCCACGGAGUAUAUCAGCAAUGCGCGGACUUUGUCGUCAGAGGAAAAACUGGGGCUCCUCAAGCAAAUCCAGGAGGCCUAUGGGAAGUGCAAGGAGUUUGGGGAUGACAAGGUUCAGCUGGCAAUGCAGACCUACGAGAUGGUUGAUAAGCACAUCCGGCGGCUGGACACAGACCUUGCUCGCUUUGAAGCAGACCUGAAGGAGAAGCAGAUAGAAUCGAGUGACUAUGACAGCUCUUCCAGCAAGGGCAAGAAGAAGGGCCGAGCCCAAAAAGAGAAGAAAGCUGCCCGUGCUCGCUCUAAAGGGAAGAAUUCUGAUGAGGAGGCACCAAAGACUGCCCAAAAGAAACUGAAGCUUGUCCGCACUAGCACAGAAUACGGGAUGCCUUCAGUCACUUUUGGGAAUGUGCACCCUUCGGAUGUAUUGGAUAUGCCUGUGGACCCCAAUGAGCCUACUUACUGCCUCUGCCACCAGGUCUCCUAUGGGGAGAUGAUUGGCUGCGACAACCCAGAUUGUUCCAUUGAAUGGUUUCAUUUUGCCUGUGUGGGUCUGACGACAAAACCAAGAGGAAAAUGGUUCUGCCCUCGCUGUUCCCAGGAGAGGAAGAAGAAAUAAAGUCCCAUGAGCCCUUAGCACUGCUGCAGGAGCUCUCUUACCCCUGCCAGGGCCUCGUCCCAACUCCCCCAGCCCCUGGGGCCUUGGCUGGGGGAAGUCUUGCCCUGUUUGUGGUUUCGGCUAUCCCUGGAAUGGUGUGUACCCUCACGGCAGUUCCUCUGUGUUCUGUACCCCUGGUUGCUCCCAAAUCCUUAAGGGAGGCCCUCUCUGUGUACUAUUCCAAACAGGUGUCUGAACCUCAAAGGGAAUGAAUGAGGGCACCAGGGUAGCCACCAGAUUCCCAGGGAUUCAGGUAGCCCCUGAUUUUCCUUGGCUUUCCUUCAGCCUCCUCAGAGCUCAUUGCCUACUCUCUGCUUAGAGAACAAGGCUAUGGGAUGGGGGAAGGAAAGGAGGUAAGUCUUCAGUAUUUUAGGUCUUUGAUUUUCCUGGAUCUUUUUCAGGAGAGAGGGAGUAACCAGACCACUGCUUAAUCUAGUGGGUUGGUUGAGAGACUGAAAACCUAAUGUACUCCUUAUCUUUAAUCAUUCCACUACUCAGUCUGGCAUUGAGCUGCCUCUUUUGUUGGGUUGAGGAGGAAGGAGGGGUGUUUAGAGCUUUGUCUCCUUUACUCCUGGGGUAAACCUGCUGGCCUUUGAAGCACGCUGUAUGAAGGAGGAAGAAUUUCUGGCUGCAUGGCAAGAAACAAUUUGAUCUAGCUUGUCCUCUGGCUGCAAAAUUCUCCCUCCGUUUUGUGCAGUGGAGCUUCUCCAUUAUGUUCAUGAUGAGAAGAUUUGGGAUCCAAAUCCCACUUGUAUAAUACGGAAUUAAAUAAAGUUCAUUGGAACAAAU